UUUUGGACCCAGAGAGCCAGUGAGACAGAAGAGGAGCUGAUAUUGUGAUAUCACCUGCGUCUCCUCCCUCCAUCCCUCCUCCUGCUCCUCGUCCUCCCGCUGACCUCCUGCUCUCCCAAGCCUUCAUCACCGAGGACCGCUGCGCCCCCCCGGCUGACAGGAAGCAGCUGAUCUGACCCAGAGGAGCCGGUCCAGGUCCAGUCCUGCUGCGGGAUGGCAGGUCUGUCGUUGUGUUGGGCUGUCAUGGCCGCCGCUCUCCUGCUGAGCCUCCGAGCCGACGCUGCAGGUCAGAAUCCGGACCACGUCCUGCAGGGGACCGGGGUGAAACCUGAGGCUCGGCGGCCCGGAGAGGACUCCACCAUCGCUCCGGAGGACGCUGCUCGUUUCCUCAGCUGCUACUGUUCAGGACACUGUCCCGAAGACGCCACCAACAACACCUGCCAGACUAACGGUCAGUGUUUCGCCAUCAUUGAGGAGGAUGAACACGGAGAAGCCAUCCUCACCUCCGGCUGCAUGAAGUACGAAGGAUCACAUUUCCAGUGCAAGGAUUCUCCUCGAGCUCAAACCAGAAGAACCAUCGAAUGCUGCGACACCGACUUCUGUAACCGAGACCUGCAGCCAACACUGCCUCCUCAGGCUCCUUCAGAAGGAAGUCCACACUGGCUCGCCUUCCUCAUCUCCAUGACCGUCUGCUGCUGCACGCUCAUCUGUGUCACCGUGGUUUGUUACUACAGGUAUAAGUGGCAGAGUGAGCGUCAGCGGUAUCACAAGGAUCUGGAACAGGAAGUGUUCAUCCCUGCUGGAGAAUCUCUCAAAGAUCUCAUUCAUCAGUCUCAGAGCUCCGGCAGCGGCUCAGGACUCCCUCUGCUGGUUCAGCGGACCAUCGCUAAGCAGAUCCAGAUGGUGCGUCAGAUCGGUAAAGGUCGGUACGGGGAGGUGUGGCUCGGCCGCUGGAGAGGAGAGAAGGUGGCCGUCAAAGUGUUCUUCACCAGAGAGGAAGCUAGCUGGUUCAGAGAGACAGAGAUCUACCAGACUGUCCUCAUGAGACACGAGAACAUCCUCGGCUUCAUCGCGGCAGACAUUAAAGGUACGGGAGCGUUCACUCAGCUCUUCCUGAUCACAGACUACCAUGAGAACGGUUCUCUGUAUGAUUACCUGAAGCUGACCACGUUGGACACUCAGACUCUGCUGCGCCUGGCGUACUCCGCCGCCUGCGGACUCUGUCACCUCCACACGGAGAUCUACGGCACGCACGGCAAACCGGCCAUCGCUCACCGAGACCUGAAGAGCAAAAACAUCCUGAUCAAGAAGAACGGGACCUGCUGCAUCGCAGACCUCGGCCUCGCCGUCAAGUUCAGCAGCGACACGAACGAGGUGGACGUCCCGCUCAGCACCCGCGUGGGAACCCGGCGCUACAUGGCUCCUGAAGUCCUCGACGAGAGUCUCAAUAAGAACCACUUCCAGGCUUACAUCAUGGCCGACAUGUACAGCUACGGACUCGUCAUCUGGGAGAUGGCUCGACGCUGCGUCACCGGGGGCAUGGUGGAGGACUACCAGCUGCCGUACUAUGAGAUGGUUCCCUCUGAUCCUUCCUAUGAAGACAUGCUCGAGGUGGUUUGUGUGAAAGGACUUCGGCCCACGGUGUCCAACCGCUGGAACAGUGACGAGUGUCUUCGGGCGAUGCUGAAGCUGAUGUCCGAGUGUUGGGCUCAUAAUCCCGCCUCCAGACUCACCAUCCUCAGAGUGAAGAAGACCCUCGCCAAGAUGGUCGAGUCACAGGACAUCAAGAUCUGACCGCCCUCCUCUUCCUCCUUCCUCCUCUUCCUCCUCUUCCUCCUCGCACCUGGACCGGAUCAACAGCACCACCCUCCAUCAUCAUCAUCAUCAUCAUCAGGAGGAGGAAGAGGAGGAGAAGCUCAGAGAGUUUAAACAGAAUGGACCCAUUUGAGGGCUGAGCUGAGCACCUCCUCCUCUUCCUCUUCCUCCUUCCUCCUCCUCUUCCUCUUCCUCCUCUCAGUGUGUGAGCAGCAGAGUUGCUCCUCCUCUUCCUCUUUCCUCUUCCUCCUUCCUCUUCCUCUUCCUCCUUUCAGUGUGUGAGCAGCACAG